AUGGCGUCGACAGCCAUCACCCUGAGCUCUCUGAUCGCCGUCCUCAUGUCCAGCGGCAACGGCGGAGACGCCACCGCCACCUCCAACAACAACAGCAGCAACAGCGGCGGGCUCCUCCCGGGCGCGCCGCUGGUGGUGGGCGCGACGGGCGCGCCGGCGCUGUCGGCCAAGUUCUUCGCGAUCCUGGUGUGCUUCCUGGUGGCGUUCCUCCUCAACGUGCAGUCCAUCCGGUACUACAGCCACGCGAGCGUGCUCGUGAACAUGCCGCCGCCGCGCUGCCGGGCUGCCGUCGGGUACGUCACGGACAUGCUCAACCGCGGCAGCUACUUCUGGUCGCUGGGCGCGCGGGCGUUCUACUUCUCCUGCCCCGUCUUCCUCUGGCUCUUCGGCCCCAUCCCGAUGUUCGUGGCGUGCGUCGCGUUGGUCUGCGCGCUCUGCUUCCUCGACGUGUGCAAGGACUGGGAGGAGGUGGAGGAGGAGGAGAAGGAGGAAGGCGGCGACGGCCAUGGCCACCAUUGUAUUAGUGAUGACGAGAGGUCAAGACAAGGGAAGGAUGCAGAGCAGCAAGUGUGGAGAUGA